CUCGGCGCGGUGUGCGUGCUGAAGCCGGCUCCUCGGCUCCGUGCUCCCGCCUGCUCCCCUCGCGGCCGCGCGCGCCCGUUUCCCGGCCUCAUGGCUGGGCUGACCCUGUUUGUGAGCCGCCUCCCGCCCUCGGCCCGCAGUGAGCAGCUGGAGGAGCUGUUCAGUCAGGUGGGGCCGGUGAAGCAGUGCUUCGUGGUGACGGAGAAAGGAAGUAAGGCAUGUCGAGGCUUUGGCUAUGUCACUUUCUCUAUGCUGGAAGAUGUUCAGAGGGCCCUCAAGGAGAUUACCACCUUUGAAGGCUGCAAGAUCAACGUGAGUGUUGCCAAGAAAAAACUGAGGAACAAGUCCAAGGAAAAGGGGAGAAAUGGAAAUUCAGAGUCCCCAAAGAAGGAGCAGAAGCCUAAAAAAGCCAAAGUGGCAGAUAAGAAAGCCAGAUUAAUUAUUCGGAAUCUGAGCUUUAAGUGUUCGGAAGAUGACUUGAAGACAGUAUUUACUCAAUAUGGAGCUGUCCUGGAAGUUAACAUCCCUAGGAAGCCAGAUGGAAAGAUGCGUGGUUUUGCUUUUGUUCAGUUCAAAAACCUCCUAGAAGCAGGAAAAGCUCUCAAAAACAUGAACAUGAAAGAGAUAAAGGGGCGGACAGUAGCUGUGGAUUGGGCUGUGGCAAAGGAUAAAUAUAAAAAUACACAGCCUGCUUCUGCCCCAGUUGAGGAGACGCGACCUGAACCUAAACAUCAGAAAUCAGGUAAAGAGAAUGGCAGGAAAGAAGAGGGCAUGGGAGAAGAAGAGGAGGAUGAUGGUGAUAUGGGAGAGGAAGAGGAGGAGGAGGAGGAGAGUGACGAUGAGGAGAAUAAAGAAUCAGAGGUGACCAAGCCUGUGCAGAUCCACGGCAGAGCAGUCAAGAAAGCAGUGCCCUCAGAAGGCAGUGAAGAGGAUCAUUCCGAUGAGGACAGCGGCCUGGAGGAAAGUGACAGUGUUGAUAGUGGAGAGGAACUGGCUCAGAGUGACGCCAACACUGAAGAGCAAGAGGAUGAAGAUGUACAAGUCUCAAAGAAAAAGAAGAGAAAAUUACCCUCUGAUGUGAAUGAAGGGAAAACUGUUUUUAUAAGAAACCUGUCCUUUGACUCAGAGGAAGAAGAACUUGGGGAGCUCCUCCAGCAAUUUGGAGAUCUAAAAUAUGUCUGCAUUGUCUUGCAUCCAGACACAGAGCAUUCUAAAGGUUGUGCGUUUGCUCAGUUCAUGACUCAAGAAGCAGCUCAGAAAUGCCUUGCAGCUGCUUCUCCAGAGACCGAGGGUGGCGGGCUGAAACUGGACGGCCGGCAGCUCAGGGUUGACUUGGCAGUGACCCGUGAUGAGGCUGCAAAGCUGCGGACAAAGAAGGUGAAGAAGCCGACUGGAACCCGGAACCUCUACCUGGCCCGAGAAGGCUUGAUUCGUGCUGGGACGAAGGCUGCAGAGGGUGUGAGCGCUGCUGAUAUGGCCAAAAGAGAACGGUUUGAGCUACUGAAGCAUCAGAAACUGAAGGACCAGAAUAUCUUUGUCUCCCGCACCAGGCUCUGCCUGCACAAUCUCCCCAAGGCCGUGGAUGACAAACAGCUCAGAAAGCUGCUGCUGAAUGCCACUAGAGGGGAGAAGGGGGUGCACAUCAAGGAGUGUAAGGUGAUGAGAGACCUCAAAGGAGUUCAUGGGAAAAUUAAGGGUCAGUCCCUGGGCUACGCCUUUGCAGAGUUCCAGGAGCAUGAGCAUGCCCUGACAGCCCUACGCCACAUCAACAACAACCCAGAAAUCUUUGGGCCUCAAAAGAGACCAAUAGUGGAGUUCUCUUUAGAAGAUCGAAGGAAGCUUAAAAUAAAGGAACUAAGGAUCCAGCGCAGCCAGCAAAAAAUGAAAUCCAAGUCCACAACUGGUGGGCCCCAGCAAGAGCAACUGAAAGCAAAGACCAGCAACAGAAAGCAGCUUGGAAAAGACCAACACAAAGCAGCUCAAAACCACACACAGGAGCAAAAGGGGAAGGCGGGCACUAUCUCAUGGACAGGAUUCCAGACCAAGGCCGAAGUGGAGCAGGUGGAGUUACCUGAUGGAAAGAAGAGAAGAAAGGUCCUGGCGCUACCCUCACACCGAGGCCCAAAAAUUAGGUUGCGGGACAAAGGCAAAGUGAAGUCUCUCCCUCCCAAAAAGCCAAAGCCCCAGAUAAGCCAGUGGAAGCAAGAGAAGCAGAAAUUAUCUCCCAAGCAGGUACCUAAGAAAAAAGCUAAGGGAAAUAAGGCAGAAAUUCGCUUUAACCAGCUGGUCGAACAAUAUAAGCAGAAAUUAUUGGGACCUUCUAAAGGAGCGCCUCUUGCAAAGAGGAGCAAGUGGUUCGACAGUUGAUGCCAGCAGACUGGAGACUGGAUAAGAAGCUGGAUUGUGCGCUGCUUGGUAAAGCUCCCAGGCUCCUUCCCAGCCCCAAUGUCAUUUACUGAGGGAAAGAAACCCCUGAUUGCACUGCCACUUUGUUGGGGGGCUCCCUGAGCUGUGCACAUCUGGACUCUGUGUGGUUAACCAUGAAAUCUCAGAAAAACAUUGUGAUGCUUCUUGCCCAUUGUCUAGAUUAUCAUGUGAAGUUGUGUCUGUAAUUAUUAUCCAUUUUAACUGUUUCUCAAAUGGAAACAAUUGUAAAAUGCAUUCUUGAGUGCUAAAUUUUUAAGAUGUAUAUUUUAAGUGUCUUCUCUAAAUAAGAUAUUUUGUGGCUUUUUGAAUAACAGACUCUUAUUUCUAAUAUAUGUGAAUCCUUUGUUAUUUAUGAACAUUUUUGACAUCCCUAACUAAUUCAGUUAUAGAGUCCUACAUACUGCAGGAAUUGAUUAAAAAAGGGCAGAGAAAAA